AUGCCCUCCGGCUCGCCCUGGCUUGCACCUGGUGCACUAGCAUUUGGCGCCACCGAAGUCGCGUUCCUGGCCCUCUACGCAACCACCGUCCUGUUCGUCCCGAGCCAUGCCGCCCUCGUCCGCCUCACCGCUGUGGUUGCGCUAUUCGCCUUGACCUACAUGCUUCAGGACGCUUUCUUCCAAUGGACCAGCAACCCCCACUGGAGAGGAUUCACCGCUGCUUCCCUCCCCGUCCAACUCAUGAGCGCAUCAGACAUAAUCUUCAUCACCCGACUGAACUCCACCGCCAUCCGAGGAAGGACCAUUCUCCACCAAGCCUACCGGGCAAUCGUGCUCCUCCUCAACCAACGCCGCAUCGGGACCAUCUGGCAAGUGAAGAACGUCCCGCCCACCACAACCUCAUCCCGAACCACAUUCCUCCGAUCACGACUAGCCACCACCCUGCUCGCCUACCUCGCCCUCGACGCCCUGACAUCCGGCCCCACGCCCCCCGCCGCCAUGAUCGCGCCCCAAAAACAAACCCUCCUCCCCGCCCAGCUCUCCACCCUCUCCCGCGCCGACCUCACCUUCCGCCUCUCCUCCAGCCUCCUCUACUGGCUCAGCGGCUUCCUCCUCCUCCUCCUCGUCUCCAACGCCCUCGCCCUCCCCCUCGUCGCCACCGGCCUCUCGUCGCCGCACGACCGCCCGCCCCUCUUCGGCGCCCUCGCCGACGCGUACUCGCUCCGCCGCUGCUGGGGCGCCGUCUGGCACCAGUGCCUCCGCCGCGGCCUCACCGCCCACGCCGACUUCGUCGCGGACAGGGUGCUGCGCAUCCCGCGCGGGUGCACGCUGCUGUCGCGGUACGCGCGCCUCUUCGCCGCGUUUGGCCUCUCCGGCCUCGUGCAUCACGUGUGCGUGCGGGCGAUGGGCGUGCCGCCGGCUGAGUCGGGGGCGCUCGUGUUUUUUUUGCUGCAGGCGCUGGGGAUCGUGGUCGAGGAUGCGGUGCAGGCCGUGUGCGGCGUCGGUCGGGCCGCUGGGUCCGGGGCCGGGGCCGGGGCCGGCCGGGGGUUGUUUGCGCGGAUGAACGCUGGGUUGAGGCGUGGAAUCGGGUAUGUGUGGGUCGUGGCGUUUGUGGCGUGGUCGAGCCCGACGUGGUUUUAUGCCCAGUCGAGGGUUGGGACGGAUCCGGAGAUCUUGCUGCCCGUGAGGGUGGCGAGGCCGUUGGUUGGGAUGCUGAAGGGGUUUGUGCGGGCGUGA